AUGGCAUCAGAGAAAGACGCCGCCGCUCUGGACGCGUACUCCAACAAGCCCAGCAGCGACAGCGAGGUCGACGUCGAGCAGGGCGUUCCCGAGAAACCCCAAGGCCCACCACCGGGUGCCUUCUUCGACCCCCGCGAGAACCCUGACGGCGGCAGACAGGCAUGGCUCUGUCUCCUCGGCGGCUUCUGUGUGCUCUUCUCCUCUUUCGGUUGGAUCAAUUGCGUCGGCGUCUUCCAAGCUUACUACCAGGAGCACCAACUCUCCAGUUACGCUCCUAGCACCGUCGGAUGGAUCUCCUCCCUCACUGUCUUCUUCAUGUUCUUCUUCGGGCCGGUGAUUGGCAAAGUCUACGACAAUUAUGGACCGAGAUACCUCUUGCUCGUCGGCACCUUCUUGGAGGUGUUUGGCUUGAUGAUGACCAGCCUCUGCACCGAAUACUGGCAGUUCAUACUGGCACAGGGCAUCUGUGCUAGUACCGGAGCAAGCAUCCUCUUCUAUCCCGCCAUGAGCAGCGUCACCACUUGGUUCUACAAGAAGCGAGGCGCCGCCUUUGGCGCCAUUGCCGCAGGAAGCUCCUUGGGUGGAGUUAUCCUGCCGAUCAUGGUCCAGAAGCUCAUUCCGGAAAUUGGCUUCCCGUGGGCCAUGCGUUGCACAGCCUUCCUCCUCCUCUUCAUGCUCAUCAUCGCCAACCUCACCAUCACCUCUCGCAUGAAGCACGUAGUCAAACCCGUCGUCGUCAUGGAGUUCAUCCGACCACUCAAGGAGGUUGUCUUUGACCUCACCGUCGCCGGCGCCUUCCUCUUCUUCAUGGGAAUGUUCCUGCCCAUCUCCUUCAUCAUCCUGGAGGGCGAGCACUACGGCAUCGACUACAGCCUCGCUCAAUACCUCGUCCCUAUCCUCAACGCCGCCUCCUUCUUCGGCCGAACCAUCCCCGGCUUCCUCGCCGACAAGAUCGGCCGCUUCAACAUGAUGAUCAUCAUGGACGCCUUCACCGCCAUCAUCACGCUCGCGCUUUGGGUGCCCGGCACCAGCCACGCCGCCAUCAUCACCUUCGCCGCCUUCUUCGGGUUCGGCAGCGGCGCCUUUGUCUCCCUGCUUCCCUCCAUGAUCGCCCAGAUCUCCGACGUGCGGCAGAUAGGCGUCCGCACCGGCACCAUCUUCGCCAUCAUCUCGAUUGCCGCCCUCAUCUCCACCCCAAUUGGAGGCGCAAUCAUCCAGCACGACCGUGGAAGCUACCUGGAUCUCAAGAUCUAUACCGGAUGCAUGUUGACUGGCGGGACCUUUUUCAUGAUUCUCGCCAGAGUCAAACAGACGGGACUCAAGCUUAUGACGAAAGUGUAA